CGUGCUUUGCCAUCACCUGGUCGCAUGAAACAAAGCCCGCGCCUUGCAGCUCUCGAGUUCGCAAUGACUGGCCAGUCACGAAUGAAAACCCGCCUCUAAACGGAUCAGUUGACGAGGUCGAUCGGGGUCAGGCCUCUGCCAGGUAGCACCUCAACACCAUGCCAUUCAGCCUGCAAGUCAUUGCGGACGUGGACGAGAACAGCCUUUCCGCUAGGGGGUUUUUACUAGGAGCGCGGGAUAUCUCAUCCUCCAGUAGACCUGUCGUCUAUAUCUCUAGGGAGCACUGCAUUCAACAUAAACUCAGGAACGCGGUCGUCGCCCUCACGCUUCCUGGCGCACCGUCAAAAUGUCCGCCUGUGUACGCAUCAGUUAAGAUCUAUUCCAAAGAAAGCAAGUUGUUUCGCCACGACCCUCGAUUUCCAGAAAAGCUCGGUGUUGAAGUUAUAGGCAAUGGAUCGACAACACCUUGGCCUGUCGUUGUCAGUAGCCUGCUAUGGUGUGCGAUCUCACGUAUUCAGUAUCAUACCUCAAGGGUCCCGGAGGAGUUUCGCGGGGAUGUCUCCAUGUCAGCUGGACAAGAACCCGUGGAAGUUGUUAUGGACGUGAUCGCCAAGCUGGGGAAUGCCACAAUGAUAACACUUGAGAUUGAGGGCAGCAAUAGCGAUAUCCUGGCCAUGCCCAAUCCUGCAUCCAUUGCACAAUCGCUCUCGGGGUUCAUCGCGUCUCGCCUUGGCUGGAUCGUGUUCAAAUCUCCUCAUGGAACGCAAACCUUUAGGAUAACACAGAUUACGACAAAUGGCAGCGACCAUGCGAAUGUUGCGCUCAUAUCAGGUGGGACAUGUAUGAGGUACGCAUCACCCGUGGGUGAACUAGCGACAUCAUCAGUCGCCGUUUUAGGCUCAGGAACUCUGGGCCUGCUGUCAAAGGAGGACUGGAUAGCGGCAGUCAGGUGUGUUAUCGGAGGAUACGACGAUAUUCUAAGGGAAAUUAUCGACCACAUAUACGGUUAUAUCGAGGACGCAGUUCAUGGCUCAAGUAAUUCGUCAGUAGCGAAACCAGACUCUUGCUUCCAAGCACCCUUCAAAGGCGUUCUUAUUUCAGGACAUCCUGGGACAGGGAAGAGCGCUUUGGCAUCGAGUUUGGCGGAAUACUCUGGAUUACCAUUUACAGUUAUUAAUUGCCCUGAUGUUUUUCAGACAGAUGCGGGUGCUAGUGAGAAUUAUCUCCGCAGUGCGUUUAGCUCCUUGCUUUUGCGUGGCAGGGCAUCUUUCUUGAUUCUAGAUGAAGUUGACAUGAUUGCAAGCGGAAGGGCAUCAAGGAAAGGCGUGGAGGCAAAGUUGUUUGCGACUCUUUUGCACCUAGUGGACUUAAUUAAUACGAAUCCCAGUGGGAACAAGGUUUUUAUCGUUGCACUGACAAAUCGGCUCCACGCAGUGGAUCAGUCGCUCGUACGUUCAGGGCGGCUAGACAAGGUGUUUGAUUUGCAUUUGAAGGGUGCCAGACAGCGACUGGAGGUGCUCGACAUUGUGGCCAAAGAUCUGCCCAUGGAUCCAGGACAGCGGCCCGAGAUACUACUCCAAGUUUCCAAAGCUACGCACGGGUUUGUGCCGACAGACCUACAGUCGGUUUGUACAGAGUCUGCCUUGCUAUUGAUCUCCAGGAUGACAGCUGGUGUCAAGAACAAUAUGGUCGACUACUCUUACUUUGAGAAGGCGUUAAAGACGAUUCGUCCAUCCGGAAUGAGUGAAUUCCAGUCGAAGAUCCCUGUGGUGACAUUCGACGACCUCUUUGGCAUUGAAGACGCGAUAGCGGACCUGAGAAUGUCUAUCAUAGAACCAUUUCACAAUCCCGGAAAAUACAUCAAUAUAGGGAUCGCACCACCACGAGGUCUACUUAUUUAUGGCCCACCGGGCGUCGGUAAAACAAUGCUAUGCUGCGCGUUGGCUGAAGAACUUGGAAUCAACUUUAUGCUAGUGGAGAGCUCACAAAUCCGAUCCAAAGUUGUUGGUGAAUCAGAACAGAACAUCGCAAGGAUGUUUUCACAAGCCAAGGCCAAUGCGCCCUGCAUUCUUUUUAUUGACCAGAUCGACGUCCUGGCGCCAUCAAGAGGGUCUACACAUACAUCAGAAAACAGCGGAUAUCGCAUCGUAACGGGGUUGCUGACAGAAAUGGAUGGUUUCUUUUCUGGUGACUCUGGGAAGGGCACUGAGGUAGAUGUCCUAGUUCUUGCAGCUACCAACCGCCCUGAAGUCAUCGACUCUGCCAUUUUGAGACCAGGCCGUCUCGAUCAAAUUGUUCAUAUCCCUGUCCCUGACCACAAGACACGACACUCCAUCCUGAGGGGAUACACCGCAAAGAUGCCUCUUAAUAUUAGCUCUGACGAGAUGCAGGAGCUAGCCGCGAAUACCGAGGGUUAUUCGGGCGCGGAUCUCGAAGGCCUCUGUCGUGAAGCAGCUUUAAUCUGCCUUAGAGAAGACAUCAAGAACACAGAGAUUACAAUAGAGCAUUUGCAAGCUGCCAAACAGGUCUCAAAGCCCUCGCUACUCGGUUAUAAGGACAAACACAUCUUCACUCGUUGAUCGACCAUAUACCCGGUAGACAUGGCCUUCUCGAGAUAUAUGGCUGC